UUUUUUUUUAUCACGUAGGUUCUACCUAUUUUCCUGCUUACGACGUAGAGUCUGAUAAAAGUAUCCUUAUCAUCACAUUUUUUUCCAAUAACUACUUUUAGGUGAUAUGUAUUUUAAUAUUAUAAUUAGAUGGGUACCUAAUCAUUAAUAUUAUUAACAUUGGUUCAGAAGGCAGCUUUGGUUGCGGUUACUAUGAUACUUUAAGUACAAACACAACGUUCAAUACAAAGCAACUAAUAUUGAACUACAACGUACACGGAUUAAAAAUGCGAAAGUUUUCGCUAACAGAUAGCUCAUCUGAAAAUGUGCUUGAUCGAGGCUCUCGUAACUGGCUCUUACACGCUCGAUAUGUAAGAGGAGAGCAUUCUUUGUGCCUCGACCUGGCUGACGAGUUGCUAAAGCAGAAUGAUAAUAAGCACAGAUAUGCGCAAUAUAUAAAGGGCUCAGUAUUAGCAGACGCUGGUCGUAUACAAGAGGCCUUGGAGAAAUUUCACAGCUGUCUUCGGCUGCAGCCUCAGGAUCCUGAACCACUGAAACAGGUCGCAAAAUGUCUGUUCCGCCAGGGCCGAUUUCAACUAGCUCUCGAAGCGUAUUUAGAAGCGGACAAAAUAACGAAACACCCUGAUGCUGAUAUUUAUUGCGCGUUAGCGGAGUGUUCCUGGAAUCUUGGUGACAUAUUGCAUGGUGUGGAAUGGGCUCGUUCUGCAGUCCAGGCUGGUGGGGGGGAGAGGGCCGGCGCGUUGUUGGCGAGGCUGCUGCUGGCUUCUAAUAACAUCAACGGCGCUCUGGCUGCCUAUGACGAAGCUUUGGCCUCCCACGCCUGUGGAGCAGAAACUCUCGCUGCAGCCGGUGCCCUCCGCCUUCGGGCUGGUGACCCUCGCCGCGCCUUCCAGCUACUCGGGGCAGCCCUGGCUCAGCAGCCAUCUCAACACGCCGCGGCAUUAGCCCUGGCAGCCAUGAUGCUGCAGCACAAAGACCUGGAUGCAGCGCUGGCGAGGCUGAAGACCGCGUUAGCAGCCCAUCCGACUUGUGUGGCCAGUCAUGUCAAUUUAGGUCUGGCGUUGUUGGCAAAGAAGAAGUUCGUUGCCGCUCUGACGUGUCUUCAGCGUGCAGUGUGGGCGGCGCCACUGAGUUCUCGCGCGUCGCACGACCUCGGCUUGGCCCUACUCAUCUGCAGGAGAAACACAUCGGCCUUCUGCAGACUCGCCACCGCCGCUGCCUUGGAACCUUCGCAACCUUAUACUGUGCUUUUAAUAGCAAUAGCAUUACAGCGUUUGGAAGACAACAGAUGUGAUGCUGCAUACAUCAGGGCCGCCAAACUGGCACCAGACGAUCCCCUCAUAAGACUGAACCUGGCGGGGCGGCACGCACGCGCUGGACGCCUGGAAAAAGCUUUUGAGGAAGCGACGGCUACAGCUGAACUACUGCAGAGAGCAGAGAAACCUGAUGCACAUCUGGCGAGUUCCUUGGCAUCACUGAUGGCAAUUUUAAAAGACGCUGGGGAGGAUCUAUCGCAGCCAGCAAGUAAAUCUGUAGAAACACCUUUACCAGCUAUUGAAGAUUCAAAAAUAACGAAAAAUGAAAUGGCGCCUGAUGAAGUGUAAUUCUGAACUCAAAUGAAGAUAUUAAGAUAUAAUUGCACUUUAAAUACAUAAGAAUCUAGAUAGCAUGAUAAUUUCAUUUAAUUAAAAAUAACAUUCUUGUUUGUAAAAAAAUUGAUACCAUUAGAUAGGUACUCUCCUCUUGCGUCUUGGGGCAGUGGAGUAAAAAAUGUAGUACAAACGUCACCAAUAGGUAAUUUCUUACACAUAUUACAUCUCUAUAAAAUUUAUUUUAUAUUACGUUGUAAAAUAAAAAAUAUUUAUAUUUCAUACGUAAUGCGAUUAUGGAACGAUGAAGUUGUUUCUGUUUGUAUUUUCAACAUUAUAUUGCGCUGCAAAGUGUCAAAAUAAAACCAGAACAGCAAGUUUAGUAGUUCUGCCGCCGUUAGUGUUGGGUUACGAUGAAUUAUACGCAGAUGAAACAAUUAAAGAAGAAACCAGACAUUCUCAUGAUACGCCAGAAUUGCAAGGAGUUAUAAAAAACAACCCAACUGAAGAUUAUGAAUUUUCUAUGAAUGAAGCUGCCACUAAAGAAGAUGUUCAGGAAAAUUCCAGUCAUAAUCGUCAGACAAAAAACGGUGGAAACGUCUAGGGGGUGGAUCAAAUGGAUUGUUAAGUUGGAAAUUCUAUAACACCACUUGAAGUCUUUGUUGUCCAUAUCAUAAGAAUAAAACAUCACAUUUAUAACAUUAUGUACUGGACCUUUUUUGUAUCUAUGUCCAUGAACCUAAUCAAAAUCAAAUUCAUUUAACCAUUUUUGAAUAUUGUAGAAUAUGAUAUUACAAUAAAAUAUCAUUAUUCAGUGGUUAUACAAGUACUUUCUUGUAGAUUUUUAUUUAAAGGAUAAGAAAACAAACGAGAUAUUAAUGUAUAAUUUUAUUAACAAUCUUUUAUAAAAAGCAUAAACAUUAGCACCAGUGUUCACAUUGUAUAUACUUAUAUACUAGUCUUGAGAAUACUGUCCCGUGAAUAUAGGCGUAUCUUGAUAAGUUACAGCAAAAUAAAAUGGAUUUUCCACUUUGGAUCCCUCAUUUA